CCCUCUCCCUGCCCGGGGCGGUGCUGCUGCUGCUGCUGCUGGUGCUGGGGGAGCGCCCUCGGGAGCGGCGGAACGAGACGGGGUCAGGAUGGGCCGGACGGUCGUGGAGCUGUUUUACGAUGUGAUCUCCCCUUACUCCUGGCUGGGGUUUGAGGUUCUCUGCCGGUACCAGCACAUCUGGAAUAUUGACCUGCGCUUUCGUCCAGCGUUCCUUGGUGGCAUAAUGCAACAAACUGGUAACAAGCCACCAGCAAUGCUACCAAAGCGUGCCGAAUACCUGCUGAAGGAUAUGAAAAGGAUGGCAAAAUACUACCAAGUGCCUAUAAAAAUUUCCGGAGAUGACUUCCAACGUAUCUUUCGUACAAGCAGUCUUGCGGCCAUGCGCUUUAUCACAGCCAUCGAUAUGACAAAAGCAGAAUACUUGGAACCCUUAUCUAGGGAGUUCUGGAUACGUUUCUGGUCACAGCAUGAAGAUAUCAGUCAGCCAGAGAAUAUACUUUCUGUUGCCCGGCAGGCUGGGCUAUCAUCAGAGCUCUCCCAGAAGGCACUUGAAAUGAUUUCAUCCCCUACAGUGAAGGACCGACUGAGAGAGACAACAGAUGAGGCAUUGAAAUAUGGGGCAUUUGGGAUGCCUGCUGUUGUGGCACAUCAUAAUGGGGAACCUCAUCUCUUUUUUGGCUCCGAUCGUUUAGAGCUGCUAGGCAGCUUUAUAGGUGAAAAAUGGCUGGGACCUGCUCCAAGCGCCAAGCUGUGAAAAGUCACGGGGAAGUAUACAAGAAGGAAAAUACAUAUAUACACACAGUCAGUCUUCAGUGAUUGUCUGAAUGUAUCCAAUUUUAUGGAGAGAUGGCUUUCUGAGCCAUAAGAGUUAAUUUUACAGCUUGAUCUCAUCUCUAAUUAGGAAUAAUUUCAAUGUUUGCCAGAAUCACGGUUUGGUGAGGUCUUUGCUAAUAUAAAUGCACUUCCUUUUUUUCAACAACUAACACGAAAAAUUAAACAUUAAAUAUUUAACUUCUUUCAGGUCAAACAUUCUUCUUUUCUAGUUAGUCCUCUUUUCAUUUACCCUAAAAACAUGAGGGUUAAAUUGUAAUGAGACUGUGAUCUCUGGAGUUCUUAUGUCUUCCUGCUUGUCCUUUGUAAACACACACACACACAAAACCUAAGAGAAGCUGGCCAUAUUUUUCUUUUAUUUUAAAUCCAGUAUACUACAUAGGCACUAGAAGCAUUAGAAGAAAAAGAAUAAGGUAUUCAUGCUUCCUUUUUAUUUUGCAGCGUGGCAACUGGAGGGAACACAAUUCAAGCCCAAAGAAAAGUCUAGGGAACCAAUCAAGUAUUUCAAAAGGAACUGUCCCCAUCCCGAACAGUAUUUUGUACACCUUGCUCUGCAGUGACUGACAUUUGAGGAAACCACCAUACCCACAUGCAUUCUUGGGCACCAAUCCCAGACUGUGCAGGGGUUUUUAGUUAAUUUAAGUUUUACAGUAAUGUCUUCGCAGGACAGUGUUGAUCACCAUGUAAGUUUAGCUGGUAACUGAACCAGACUGUAUUUUACUUCCUCAAGGACACCCUAAUUACUGCCUAUCCAAAGGUGAUUUGCAUACGGCUAUGAGGGACUCCCCAUCACGUAGUCUGCAGAGGGAAAGGUGGGCAAACAAUAAAACUAAGAAAUUUCCCAUGGAAACAGUUUGAUUCUGGCCCUAUAUUGGCUGAAUUGGAAUAACACAUUGAAACUGAUUUGUCUGAAGCUUGAUUUCUCAAUGAUCCCAGGCUGUCUCUGAUGCGUCACUGUAUGAAGCAGAAGAACUAGCAGCAGCUGGAAUUCUGGUUUUUGUCUUUUUCUGAACUUUAAGGUAAAGCAUGUUCACACUUGUUCACUUGAACAGCAAAUCCUGGAACAAAGCAUCAGGAAAAAAAACCUGUAUCUUUUAUGUUCUUACAGCUGUAAGUGUUGUGGGAGCAUCAUGUUCCCCCAUCCACAAUUUUGCCUUCUUACACCUCUUUCAAUUCUUCAGGAAAUACCCUAUAAUUUAAGAACUCGUUCCUCCUUCCUACUAGUGCACCCAUUAGUCUUUGGGCAGAUCCAGCCUAGAACUUAAGGAAAUAAGAUACAAGAUACAAGAGGAGUUAGAAUGACAUGUUCGUGGGUACCAUAGGCUUCUUUGAGUCCCCUGAAGCCAUGUUAAAGAAAUUUUUUACCACUUCUCUCCUGAAAUUUGCUUGUCUCCAAUCUGUGCUAUCAAACUGAUUCUGAGGUGGUGAUAAAAUGGAAUGACUAAAACAUCACUUUAAGCCAGUAGUGCUGUCUUAAAGUGGGUAAAAUGCCCUUUUGUGGAAGUAAUGAACUGGUGAGAAUUCAAGGAACAUCUGGAUAUAAUCUCAAGCUAAAAGCCA